CCUGAAAGGUAAAUAAAAAUACAUUAUAUUUCUUUUGAUACAUUCUUUUAAAAGAAUAUUGGAGUUUCUAAGUAUCUUAUUAAUUUUAUUCUAGACUUGAAGGAAGAAUACUCAGAUCCAAUUUUUCCAGAAAAAAAAUAACUGAGAAUGACACAAAAAUGCUUGAGGAGAUGAGAGACCUGUGCAAAAGAUACAAAGGUUUCUUAGUUGCAUGGAUCUUGCAUUUUGGAAGCAAAUGGCACAUAAAUUUUGAAGAUGGGAAGAAUCUCAUCAGCAAAAUUUUGAUGAAGUGCUUGAAAGGAAAGCAAUAUCGAUGGUGCGAUGGGAUGGCACUUUCCUUGUAUACAAAAAGUGUGUACUAUCAGUCUCUUGGCUGGCAAGGAGAUCUGGUUGAAGACAUCAAAAAAUGUAUUGAUGAUCAACCAGAGGAAUCAUUAGAAGAAAAGGAGGUUCUGGAACGGGUAGAGCACAAUAUCAUUAGCAAAUUACAAUCUAAAGACUCAUAUGCCCUCUCAUGGCUAAACUGGAACACUUCUGUGAAGAUGAAGCAUACAAACAAGUAUGUGUCUGCAGUGGCAGUAAAGGCAGUGGUUUUCAGAGAGGAAUUCAUUGAUAUUAGGAAAGAGGAUUUUGAGAGAGAAGUCAAGGGGAUCUGCGAAAAUGCAAUUGGCUGCCCCAUUUACUUUUCUAAAGAAAAUUUUGAGUGCACGAUAGCAGAACAGCGCAACAGGUCAGCAGAAAGGACAGAGCCAAAAAAAGGACACAAAAUUCCAAAGUCAAUGCUGUCAACAGCCUUACAAGAGUGGAUGAAUGAAGGUGAUCUGGAAGCAGAAAUUAAGAUUCCUGAGACAGAAAGAAACUGCUGUGAACCAUCAUCUGUUGACAUAGAUCUGGUGAAAGCUCUGGAAGAGCAGAUCAUAACAACACUGCGAGCUGAAACUGAUGAAGCAGAGACACAAGGUGAAGCCUCUGAGGUUCAAGAUAUUAUGUCACCGUUUACCAAGUCAUCCUAUGAGACCUGGACACCAAAACGACGAGCAUGCUUUGAGAAGGGAUUCAAAUAUGCAUUCAAAAAAAUGAAAGAAGCAGAGGAAGAGGGGAAUCCUGGCGAUGAAGUAAAUGAUCCCAGUGACGAAGAAAUUGAGCAGACCAGGAGGCAGCUGUUUCCAGAAGGAGUUUUUGGUGUCCUACCAUGUUCUAUGUCAACUCCAAAACAAAAAGAAGACAUGCAUGAUCACAUAAGUGUAACCACAGAAAAAAUGUCAUCAGAUGAAAAACAAGAGAAAGAAAAAGAAAGCAAACUAUAUAAAUUCUGCAUUUGUCACAAGAGGAGGUAUGGGAGAAAAUGGAUUAUGAUCGAAUGUUCAGGUGACGUAGCAAAUUGUCCAGGAAGCAAAUGGUUCCAUAUGGAAUGUGUUGGGAUGUCCGAAAAGCCACCCAAAAGCGAAGACUGGUUCUGCGUGGACUGCAUGCGGGAGAGACAACCAGGGUUGGUAGAUUCUUGUGGGGCUUCAAGCCAAAUCGAUGUUGGAAAAAAGCCAAAUUAAGCCAAAAUGUAAACGAGGCGGCAAAACAAUAGAAAAUUUC